GGCCGUUGUUCCAGGGAGAACUGCAAGUACCUGCACCCACCCCCCCACCUAAAGACGCAGCUGGAGAUCAACGGCAGAAACAACCUGAUCCAGCAAAAGAAUAUGGCCAUGCUGGCCCAGCAGAUGCAACUCGCCAACGCCAUGAUGCCCGGCACACAGCUACCACCUAUGCCCAUGUUCUCGGUGACACCAGGUCUGGCCACUAACGCCAGCGCGGCAGCAGCUGCCGCGGCCGCAGCCUUUAAUCCCUACCUAAGCCCAGUGUCACCAAGCCUGAUGCCACAAGAGAUCCUGCCCAGCACCCCUGUCCUUAUGGCCUCCAGCCCCGCCGUCAGCCAAGUACCCAACGCUGCUGCUGCCGCGGCCCAGAAACUGCUAAGAACAGACCGACUCGAGGUAUGUCGGGAGUAUCAGAGGGGCAACUGCGCCCGGGGAGAGAGCGACUGUCGCUUUGCUCACCCUGCGGACAGCACCAUGAUUGACACCAACGACAACACCGUCACCGUGUGCAUGGAUUACAUCAAGGGCCGGUGCUCCAGGGAAAAGUGCAAGUACUUCCACCCGCCAGCCCACCUGCAGGCCAAAAUUAAGGCUACGCAGCAUCAGGUGAACCAGGCCACAGCCGCCGCGGCCAUGACUCAGUCGGCUGUCAAAUCACUGAAGCGACCCCUCGACGCAACCUUUGACCUGGGCAUCGCCCCUAGUGUCAUGGCUCCCCUCCCAAAGCGGGCAGCCCUGGAGAAGGCCAACGGGGCCUCUGCCGUGUUUAACACCGGCAUGCUCCAGUACCAACAGGCCCUGGCCAGCAUGCAGUUUCAGCAGCAGGCUGCUUUCCUUCCAUCAGUUCCCAUGAUGCACGGUGGUAGUCCAGCCACUGUGUCUGCAGCCACCACAUCUGCCACAAACGUUCCCUUCGCAACUGCCUCCACCAAUCAGCCGCUUCCAGCACCCAAAGCAAAUCUGUAG